AUGUGUUCUGAGACGGGCUCCAGGUACACGGGGCUGCUGCUCUUGGCCUUGGCCAUCGCUGCCAUCAUCGCCAACCUCCUGCUGUACUUUCCCAGCGGACAGGUGCUGGAGCCUGCCAAGAUCACAGACUUCGUCUGGUUUUUCCACGGCUUUCUUGGAGCUGGACUCUUGGUUAUGGUGCCAGCACUGAUAAUGUUGAGGGGAGGUGGAGAGGACUGCUGUGCUCACAGAUGCGGGAUGCUGUUCCCUGUGCUCCUGGCCAUACAGGGCACUGUGGGCGCCGUGUACUGUGUGGUCAUUUCUUCACUGGGUUUGCUCAGUGGCCCCCUCUGUGACACAGGCAGUGGAAACUACACCUACCCGUUCAGGAAUUACUCCCUGGAGAACAGCUACUUACUCAACCAACCCACCUGGGCUAACUGCCAAGAGCCUGAGCACAUCGUCCUCUGGAACGUGGUCUUGUUCUCCAUCCUGCUGGGGAUCGGCGUGGUAGAAGCUGUCCUUUGCCUCAGCCAAGUCGUCAGUGGACUCUGUGAUAUCUUCUGUGGUACAUGCGUCCGAAAAGGACAGUUAAUCCUACGAAGCAAGAAGCGUGAUAAUGCCAUCUUACGGAUGAGGAACUCAGGCUCAGAGAGGUUCAGUUACUUGUCCGAAGUCAGCAAACCUAAGUUUUGA